AAUUAUCUAACUUGCAUGCGUACUGUUCCCACUAACUCGAUCAGAUAAAAUUUCCAAGUAAUAUCCUCUACUGGUGAUUAUUCUUUGUAUAUCAUUUUCCUUAUUCACUUAAUUAAAUCUUUGUUAUUCAUCUGCUUAUCUCCUCUUUCCUAUAUAUAUCUGUAUUCAAAUGCAUGUGAAGUAGUACUUAGCUCCUUUCAUUUCAUAUAAAUAUUCCUCAGCUCAUACACAGUCUUCAUCUCCUCUUUUCAAAUUAUGGGGAGUUUAGAUGACACAAAAUUUACAGAAACCUCAAUUCUUAGUGAGUUUAAGGCAUUGGAUCCGGAAGAGUUCCGUAAACAAGCUUACCAAACCAUUGAUUUCAUUGUUGAUUAUUACAAAAACAUAGAAAAAUAUCCAGUUCUUUCUCAAGUUCAACCUGGUUUUCUUCGAAAUAGUUUCCCAAGUACUCCACCAUAUAAACCAGAACCAUUUGAGAAUAUCUUAAAAGAUGUUCAAACUCAAAUAAUACCGGGUAUGACGAACUGGUUAAGUCCCAACUUUUUCGCGUAUUUUCCUGCAACUGUUAGUACUGCUGGUUUCAUGGGUGAAAUGCUUUCUACUUGUUUUAAUUCUGUUGGUUUCAAUUGGCUUUCAUCUCCUGCUGCUACUGAACUUGAGAUGGUCGUCAUGGACUGGUUUGCUGACAUGCUCAAACUUCCUAGCAUCUUUAAGUUUUCUGGUUCAGGUGGUGGUGUUAUACAAGGAACCACAAGUGAAGCUAUUCUUUGUACGCUAGUAGCAGCAAGAGAUCGCGCGCUGGACCGUAUUGGCGGUGAUAAUAUUGGAAAGUUAAUCGUUUAUGGCUCCGAUCAAACUCACUCGACAUUUGUGAAGGCAUGUAAAAUUGCUGGCAUUUUACCUUGUAACGUAAGAUCGUUACCAACAACAACCGACAUGGACUUUUCUCUAUCCCCUGCUCUUGUCCGUGAGGCUGUUGAAACUGAUGUUGCAAAUGGAUUUGUACCGAUUUAUCUCUGCUUAACUGUGGGUAGUACAUCAUCUAACGCCACAGAUCCAAUCGAUCAAUUUUCUGACGUAGCAAGUGAUUAUGGAAUUUGGCUGCAUGUGGAUGCUGCUUACGCAGGCAGUGCAUGUAUUUGUCCCGAGUUUCGACAUUAUUUGAAUGGAAUUGAAGGAGUUGACUCCUUUAGUCUAAGCCCUCACAAAUGGUUUCUCACUUACUUGGAUUGUUGUUGUUUGUGGGUUAAACAACCUAGUUUACUUAUAAAAGCUCUAAGUACCAACCCAGAGUACUUGAAGAACAAACCUAGUGAGUCGAACUUAGUCAUCGACUAUAAGGAUUGGCAAGUUGGAACUGGGCGUAAAUUUCGAUCUUUAAAACUAUGGCUCGUUCUUCGCAGUUACGGUGUAGAGAAUCUGCAAAGCCACAUAAGAAGUGACGUUAGAAUGGCUGAAGUGUUCGAAGACUUUGUCCGAAAUGAUCCACAGUUCGAGAUUGUCGUUCCGAGACGGUUUACAUUGGUAUGUUUCCGCUGGAACCCAAGUUCUGGUUUGGCACCUGCAGGUUAUAAUGUUGAGUUGUUGAAUCGUAAGUUACUUGACUGGAUCAAUUCAACUGGACAAAUUUACAUGACUCACACGAUCGUUGGAGGUGUGUACAUGCUGAGGUUUGCUGUAGGAGCCACAUUAACAGAAGAGUCCCAUGUCAUUGCUGCAUGGAACUUGAUCAAGAAAGGAACUGAUACAUUGCUCGUUGAUAGGUCUCCCGGAUAUUCUAAUUGUGACUUUAAUUAAUGGUGUCUAAAAUCUCUGUUUUGUUUCAUUUGUUUGUUUUGAGCGACUUUCGUUGAAAAAUACUUAAUUGAAAAUACUUACAAGUAUAAAUGAUGGUUACUGAAAACUAUUGUACCA